AUGCAGGUGCUGUUGAUGAAGGGGCUGCAGAAGGCUGCGCGUCAUGGCAACUACGCGACACAGUUCUGGACACGGCCCGAUCACCCACCCUAUCGCACGCGCCGUGCGAUGCUGACGGCACACUCCAGAAAAGCCAUUAAGCGUCGCUUAGUUUUGCCACUUGAUGCGCAUGACUGGGGCCGUGCCCUUGAAGUGCUCGAUGCCGGUUAUGCGAGACUUGGCCGCACUGCGGAGGAUUAUCAAAGGGUCAUCCGCGGUGUUGCCAAUGAGACGGCACCACAGCGACGUGGGGAUGCAUUGCACACGCUGAACGCGCUACGGGACAAGGCGUAUAUGGGCGAGAUUGGGUCUAGUGGACUCUGGGUCACACUUGUGUGGGCGUAUGCUCGUCUCCGCUAUCCACGCGAAGGGUACGAGUGUUUGCUGCAGGGGGAGCGGCGCUUUUGUUUUUCGCCACUCACAAAACAGCACUUGGGCGAAACGCUGUUGCCGCUUUUGGCGGAACACGGCAUGUUGGAUGAGGUAAAGUACGUUGUGGAAAACUUCAUGGGUACAGGUGGGAGCCGUCACGAUCGAGCGCGUGUAGCAAGUAUUUUAGCGGAGGCAGCCGCCCGAAGUGGGUCUUGGGAGCAUGCCAUUGCUGCAUUACACCCCGAGACAACCACCGCGAUGACAACACUCAAUCCGCAUACAUUAGCCUUUCUGUUCGUUUCAGAGGAACUGAGCGAAGGUCAGGAAGAGGCACCGGAGACACCGCGUCGUGCGAGGCAAAUUUCAAAAGAGGCGCUGAGAUGCAUGAUGUGCUCCAUGGCUGACGAUGGUCAGUGGGAGAUGGCUCUGCAAAGCUUGCGGGAAUUGGAACGACGCCAGGGUAAUAAUGACGAGAGGGAUAAUACCCAUGACGCUGCAGGUUCGAUAAAAAGGGGCCAAAAGCAACAAAAACAACAACAGGAACUGUCACUUUCAGAAAAUGAGUUGCAACGGCUUCUUAAUUCUUUGGGAAGCCGGCAACGAUGGGAAGAGGCGACGGCGCUUUUUGUGUCGCAGUAUUUUCCCGAUAAGCCCGUAAGAGGCAAUGAAAAAGUGCGACCAUUGCAGUUGGCGACGUUAAACCUCCUUUUUGCUUCUUUCCCACGGAGUAUGAGGGAGUUCCGUCUCGCAGCACCGGAUGACAGGCUGGAGUCACACGGUUCCCACACCGACCCUCGCCAACAGGAGAAUGAAACCGUGACGGUGGAAAUUGACGCGUUACACCACCCGCAGCAGGCUGUUUCUUUGUUCGAUCAAAUAUUUAGCCAACGGGAUGACGUUUCAGUUACGGAUUUGAUGAUGGUAACAGUGGGGCCCUCGUUGGUGCAGUUGGGACAAUGGGACAGGGCGCUGCAUUUGCUUCGGCAAACACCCGCCCUUUCAGCUGCCAAAACGCCCGUCUGCACGCUUGAGGUGCACCGAGAAGUACGAAGGCGUCUUGUAGCACUUCUUUACUACCUGCAUGGUGCCAUUUCACUGGAGUCACGGUACUACACUUUAUAUUAUUUUCCCUUUGCUUUUCCAAAAGAAACAUUCCAGGAUCUUCCACCACCAUCGGAGUUUUUGGCGCAUUUGAGGCAACAGCGUGAGGAGGUGGAAAAAACGUCGAUAACACCCUCUUCUGUGCCCAAGGUCUCUACGAGACGUCGUUUUACAUCACGGCGAUUGUCUGCCAUUGUGCAGAAUACGGAGAAACAUGACGAUGAACUCAGGCGUCGUCUGUUGCCGCUUUACGCUAACCGGGCGAACGCAUUCCGCGGAGGGGACGCUGAGAAAGACCCACGGCCAAUACCCAAAGGGCUACAUGACACGGCGAACGGCUGGAAUUUUUAUGGCCGUGGCGGUGAGAUGGUUUUCAUGAAUCACAGACGGACUGCGCAUCCCUUUUCGAUGCAUCCAAAAUUGAUGCGAUCAAUAACGGAUCCGUACCGCGGAUGGAACCCGAUGCAGAACAGCUGUUGGGCCCAUCGUGAGCGUGUGAGGAAGUGGAAUGGAAGUAGCGCAGUCUAA